UAGCAAUGUAUUACUAUUAUAGUCUUUAGAGUCACAUGGCCCCUGGCCAGUAUAUAAAUAAUGAAAACACAUCUUUUCAGCACUCGCCAUAGACCAAUAGAGACAACACCAACAAUGGAUUACCUUCUACCUGCCCUCCUUGUAAUGGGCAUGGUCUCUCUGUGUGGCGCACAGUGUAAUACAGAGCAUUGUACAAAAGUCCUCCGUGAUCCUCAUAAGCAUACUUUAUAUGUGACACGUGACUGUGUUAAGAAUGGAGUGCAUCAUGAAAAGGGAGAGGAGUGGAGAGAAAAGGAUUGUUCAUCAUGUACAUGUGAUGGAGAAAAUAUCAACUGCUGUUCCGAAUUUGCAAAGCCAGUUAUUGAAGAUCCUGCAAACUGUGAGGCUGUUCUCAAUAAGGAAACUUGUAAAUAUGAAGUUAGGCAGAAGGGUAACAAGCCCUGUAAAGUGGACUCCUGGAUUUCCUAAAAAUAUCCUUCAAUACAUUCUCUAUAAUGACAUACUACUAUAAACAUACAGUAAAUAUUAAGCACAAGCAGAACAAUCAACAGAUUGGUAUACAAUUAUUUCACUGGUUACAGAAAAGUUCAAUCCGAAUGAUUCUUGAUGUGAUCAAUUUCACUGAUUCUUUUCUAUCCGUUCUUAAUUUUGCAUUUCCUAUUCAAAUAGUUCCAGUCAGAUUCCAUCCAAGAGCAGGCGUUAAAAAAAAAAAUGCCAUGCAUUCUGAAGAAAUUCCUUUAUUAUCCAGUACAUAACACAACGCAGCAAGUGCAAUAAAUAGACUUUUCAAUUGUGUAAAACAAGGUUAACAUAAAAUCUCAUCAAUUCUAAUUAACUGACUAUUAUUAAAAUAAAUCCACCAAAGAUUUGAAAAUGUUCUGGAAAAAGUGUAAUUCUAAUAAAUGACAUGCUUAAUAUGCA